AUGGCGGACUGCGCUUCACUGUUGGAUGAGGAGCUCUCUUCCUUUGUCUUCAAUUACCUGACAGAAAACUCCGGGAGCCAGUAUGGGGAGGAGGAGGUCUGUUCAGACCGCCUGGACGCAGACUUCCCUGACCUUGACCUCUCUCAACUGGACGCCAGCGACUUCAACUGCCUUAGCGAGCUGCACUGGUGCACAGACCAGUCGGGCAGCUCCCCGGCUUCCAGCCACUACGCAGGGGACCCCGAGUUCUUUGAGAUAGAAGAGGAAAAUGCAGCCCUGUUGGCAGCACUCACAGACAGCCUGGACGGCAUUGUGGAGGACGAGGUGGGGGGUCUGUCCGUCUUCCCCUCGCUGGGCGACGGACCCGAGGACGACGACGACGACGUAGACGAGGACCACGGACGGCUACGGCUCUGCUCGCAGAAGCAGCAAGGCCCCCUAGUGGACACAGAGCAGUUGUGCAGCUCGCCCGGCUCCGAGCCUGAAGACCCGUCUCUAUUAAAAAAGCUCCUGCUCACCCCCCCAAACGUGCCUGUGGGCCUCGACUCUCACAAAGAGGCCAGUUUCCAUCGCCAUAGCAGCCGCAACCACCACCUCAAGCCCGUGAGGCCUCCUGCUAAGACUGCAGACAGCACAGGCUCUCAGGAGCGUAAGCCCCGGGCAGUCCGGCCAGCCGGCCGCCUCUGCACAGAGCUGCACCGUCACCUGACCACAGACCGGCAGGAGCCCGACACGGAGGAGGAGGAGGAGCAGGAGGAGGCGGCCGAGGAGGACGAUGACGAGGACAGCGAGUCCGAGGAGGAGGACGGUGAGGAGGAGGAAGAGGAGGAGGAGGAAGAAGAAGAGGAGGAGGAAGAGGAGGAGUCCUCCGGCAGCGAGGGCGAGAGCUGCGCCUCGGCGCUGACCCCCCUGGGUCCCCCGGCCCCCCCACCCAAGCCCCAGUUCUCGUCGGAGCGCGAGCUGCACUCGGUGGUGGAGCUGGUGAAGUACAUGCACACCUAUUGCCUCCCCACGCGCAAGCAGGCCAGCUGGGACCGCAAGGACCGCGAGGCGGCCGCCGCCGCUCACGCUCACGCCGGCCAGGCCCGCCGGGCGGCUCCGUCCGCCAGCGUCCAGCGGAGCGCCGGGAACUGCCACAAACCCGCCGCCGCCGCCAGCACCAGUCACCACGGCAACAGUGCGGCGGUGCGUCCGCGCCUGGCGUUCACGCGGCAGCGGGAGGUGCGCGCGUACUCGCUCCUCCGGGAGCUGCUGCAGGCGGUCAGCCCGCUGGACGUCAGCAAGCCCUACCGCCUCCACAGCCCCCCCUACUGCGCCGGAGGCGCAAAGACUGAGAGCGCCGCCGCCGCCGCUGUCACACGCCCACAGACCCUGACGACCGCCCCCGCCUCUCCGCAGGUGGCCCACGGCUCUCGGAAAAGCCCGGAGCCGGAGGCCGAGCUGGGGGCCGAGGAGGACGGCGAGCAGGACGCCUCGUUCUCGGUGCGGCGCUCCCGCCGCCUCGCCUCGUUCCCCAGCCGCUUUGCCAAGAGGUCGCGACCCAUGCGGGUCCCGUCCAACCCCACCUCCGCGCCCACCGUCGACGAGCCCCUGCAGGUCUCCAUGGAUACGGGCGUGGCCCUGAAGGAGGGCCCCCACAAGAGCCCCGAGUGCAGCGGCAGCCCCCUCUGUGACAGCGAGAACAGAUCCUGCCUCUGCCUUCCGCUUACUCCCAAAUCCACAGGAGACUCGCAGUAUGCCAACAAGCCCUUUGAGGCGACACUUAGCGUGGAGCUGUGUGGCACAGCAGGCCUGACUCCUCCGACCACCCCCCCUCACAAGCCCGUGGAGGAGGAGCUCUUCAAGCCGUCGCCGUCCCCCCCCUCCCGGGGCUUCCUGUCGCGGACUCACGGGCGGAAGCUUCCGGAGCAGACGGAGCUGUACGCGCAGCUCCAGCGCAUGGGCCAGGCGGGCGGCUCGCACGGCGCCCUCGCGCGCCCGGGCUCCCUGCGCUCCUACGGCGACCACGACUACUGCCUGCUCAACCUGUCCUCCGAGAGCCGCAAGCGCCCGGCCUCCGCCCUGCUGACCCCCACCAGUCCCCCGGCGACCAUCACCAUGACCACCGCGGCUGCGGUCGCUCCAGCCCCGCAGGCGUCCGGCGAGGGCGGGGAGAAGUCGGCGGCGGCAGCGACGUCGGCGCUCGAGGAGGCCAGUCGGCUCUGCCCCAAGCUGCAGGCCCAGCCGGCGCAGCGGUACGAGGGGAAGGAGGCGGAGGGCCGCCGGGGGGCGGCGGGGUGCUCGUCCCCGCCUCAGGCGCUCUCGGCGAGGAACGUGGACGAGGACGUGGGGCCGCCGCGCUCACCGUCUCCCGGCAACGUGCAUCCGGCCGCGCCCUGCUGCGAGCCCCACUCUCCCAAAGUCGGCUACAGCUGUGAAAACUCUGAGACCUGCCACGGAGACAAACAGAGGAACAAAGCAAAGGCCGGACAGCAGAACGAUGAUAACUGCCGGGUGUUCUACAUUCACAACCUGCCCAGCAGUGUGACCCAGAGCAUGCUGCGCAAGCGCUUCGAGGCCUUCGGUGAUCCCGAGGACUGCAGAGUGGUCAUCAAAAACGAUGUGUGUAGGCCAGUCAGCAGAGAGCGCUGUGGAGUGAUCACCUUCAGGAAGGGACAGAGUGGCGGUUCUCAGCGGUACCGGUCAGGGUUCCAGAACGCUGGCAGCGGAUCACGUCGGCUCAGCCGGAAGCGCUACAUAGACCUGGAUGAGGCUGGCCCUGGCCCCGUGAAGAGCAAGUACGACUCGAUGGACUUUGACACCCUCCUGAAGGAGGCCCAGAAGAGUCUGCACCGCUGAGGGGCCGCGCCACGCCGCGCCGCGCCUUACUCGCCUCGUCCACUACGUUCGCUCGGAUCACCAACGGCCCAGUUUUCCUUGCUCCUUUUGCCUCUCCGGCUCCCGCAGUCUCGUCUGACUGACUGACCGACCGACCCGCCUGCCUCAACUUGGCCCCCCUAGGCCCUGUUUGUGGACACGCGCCUCAGUACCUCAAAGCAAGGCCACUUCUUAAUGUUUACAUUUUCAACAUCGGAAAAAUAAGAAGCAAGACCUUUGGCUCUACUUCUACUGAGGGGACACCUCUGAGGAUCGCGAGGAGCAGGAGACGGGAGGAUUUUUAAAAACAAGAGAGAGAGAGAGAGAACAACAAACAAACAAUACGAACGAACAAACUCAAAGAAAGAAAGAAAGAACAAACAAACAAACAAACACGAGAAGUGAAACAACUAGAAACACUGAACACGAAUGCUGCUUCCUGUGUGUGUGUGUUCCAAGACGUCAUCGUUGCCACCUUAUUGCUAAAGGCCGAGGUCUCUGUAGCACCCCUGUGUUCCUUGCGUUUGGUCAUUGUGCAGUGUGUGUGUGUGUGUGUGUGUGUGCGAGCGCGUGCUUUUUGUAUCCUCUCCCCCCUUGUAUUCGUGAGCUAUUGGCUGAGUCGCGGGGUAUAUUCCUGCGAUAGUUUGUCAUAACGUAGCUAUAUAAAUAUUAGCAACCUGUUGAUGUUCAACUGUGUGUGUGUGUGUGUGUGUGUGUGUGUGUGUGUGUUGAUGAGCUUUUUUUAAAUUAAGAAAAAGAAAAAAAGAAAUUGAACCUAAAUCCUGAUGUAGAGUUUACAAAUCACAGAAGAGAGACAAAAAAGUUCUUACUGUUAAAAAAAUAAGAAUUGACUAAGAAUAACCUGUAUGUGCUUCCUUGAUUUUCCGUCUAUGCACUCGUGGGUCUGUACUGCUCCUGAGUCCAUCUACCCUCAGUAUCACCACAGCUCAGGGCACGACUGCUGGCCACAGACAGGGCUCUCUCUCUCCCUCUUACACACACACACACACACACACACACACACACACACACACACACGCAUUGCCAACUAUUAACAAACUUCCAAAAGUCCACAUCAUUCUCACAGUAGCUACAGUAGAUGUCUACUGUUUUUUUUCUUUUGUUCUCUAAACUGUUAAACUUCUAAACAGUUGGCAAGUCUAUUUCUGACUCUCUUCCCCCCCUCCCCCCUCCCCUUAUCACGAUCACAGUGUACUCCUUGGGGAAAAACUCAUUAAGCCAGAAAUUAAUACCCUAUUUAGCAGACUAGCUUAUCAGUGGGUCAGUGUAGCUUCAGCCAUAAAUGGACACACACCGUUUGUUUUGGUGUUGUAAUGUAACGGCAAUGCCCUGACAAUGUUUCCCAGGACCCCAGUGUCUCAUUGGCUUUCAUCUAAUAAACAACAGUUUGUCUUUGACCAUACUAGUCGGAAGUUUCAACCUCUCCCAUUCCCUACCACACACACACACUCUUCCAUCCACACACACACACACAUACAGAACUCUGAAUGUAGUCCUAGCAUCAGCCAUUUUGUUCUGAGCCCAGCGAGAGAGCCGUUGCCUGUGAAGCCAGCAGCCGCGCCCCAUUGAAGACUGCAGCCAUGUCCUGUGAGCCAGAAUGGCGUCCUGGACCCAGGCGGGUUAACUGUGCAGCCUGCAGGGAAGCUGAGAGGUCAGUGAAAGGCUGGAGAGGGGAGUAAAGUCCUCCGCGGUCUGACUAAAAAGGAGAAAGCCUCACGCCUCAAGCUGCAGAGAACACCCCCCCACCCCCCACCUCCCCCCAGAGAUGUGAUCUCUGCUCUGUUUACACCCCUCCUCCUCCUCUACUCUCGUUUUUUAGCAGCGCCCCCCCCUUCCCGGAUGGGUUGAGGGCCUCUUUUGCGGGUUUUUCUUUUUCUAGUUCUCGUCUUGUGGCUAAAACAGAAAAAAAAUAAUAAUAAUCAAUACUUUUUCUAUGUGUGCAGUUUUUUCUAAUCGACAAAAAAAAAGAAUCUAAAAUAUGUAUAUCCCACGUGUGUCAUGUGUUGUCUGUGUCUUGUGAUCUGAUUGGGCCGGAGGGGACACACCCACCGUGGUGGAUGCUGGGAGUUGAAGUCUUUUCUCUCCUGCUCGCCAUCGUUUGUUUUCUUCAGGGGUGCCCCCUCCACCCCGUCCCAACCUGUGAACUCUGUAAAGUGUGCACGUACGUACGUGUGUGUGUGUGUGUGUGUAUGUUUGUAUGUAUGUAUGUGUGUGUGCGUAUGUGAGAGCGAGAGAGGUUGGGGGAUGGCUGUGUAUUGCCCCCACCAUCACUACUUCCUUUGUUUUUUUGUUUUGUAUUGUUUUGUUCUGUUCUGUUCUGUUCUUUCCUCCUUCAAGAUAAAGUAAUAAUCCCUUCCCUCACCCCCCUUUGUCCGUCGCCCUCUUCAGCCACACAAGCAAUCUGAAUGUUUACAUCUCUGAAUUCCCUGUUUGAGCUGACCAGAGCACACACGUUGAGCACAGACGCCUUAUGCAGUGGUACCGUUGCCCCGACCCCCGCCCCCCCCCCCCCGCCCAGUUGGGACGUGCCUUUUUUGGGCCUGCCCGCCGGGCUUCGUCUGUGGUGACGGCGGCUAAAUAUCUAGCGCAUCCCUCACAGACUCGCAAAAUUCCGUUCUACUGGUCCGGUCCGGUCCGGUGGUCACCGGUGGCAACCCGGACCCCAAACUGCGCCGCGACGGUGGCUUUGUGCUUGUUAUAUACACUAACUAUACGAGUUAUAACAGUGUGCUGGUUUACAUACUACAGAUUGGAUAUAGGAUAUGUAUUUAGCACCGUGUUCAGCUAGAGGGGGGAAAAAAACAUUGGAUGUGUGUAGUGGAGCAAUAUGGAAGACUGUGUGUGUGUGUGUGUGUGUGUGUAUGGGUGCGCGUGUGAGUAUGCUUGUGUGACGCACGUAGUCUGUUGUGUUUGUGUGUGUGUGUUUUAUGAAGGACGCAGUACAGGAACAGUAGGAGUCGCAGAAGGGAAACUGAUGUGCAUAUAAACGUCAGGACUGACACACUGGUGUAAAAAAUAAUCCCUUUAGAAAAAAAGUUAUUUUUUUGUUUCCCUUUCUUCCUUUUUUUGACUCUAACGUUUUUAACCUUUUUUAUGCAAUUAAGAUGCAAUACAUGAUGUAUUUUGUCUGAAAGACUAAUGGGUUUUAUUUGAGAUGUUCUUUUAAUAUUAUGGGGCAGAUGUUGAAGAGAUCCUGUACUGUAAAGUUCUGUAACUUGAAGACUGCUAUAGACAAAAAAAAAUACCCUUAACAAGUAAUAUAACCAAAACACUUGGGCAACAACCCUGUCAUAGGAUCCACAACACAAAAGACAAAAGAGGAAAAAAAAGGUAUAGGCCCUUAACUAGCCUAGAAAUCUAGACGCCCCUAGUGGCAGAAAAUGUGGGUCUGGCUGGUCAGGCGAGCCCUUGACAUGAAAAAAGAUAAAUACACACACAUACUGAAUACUCAAUUAAUAAUCCUGGAUAUUUGUUGUUUCUUUUUUUGGGGAAAACUCUGUAUAAUAUUGCCACAUGUGGAUGGUACUUAUGUCAGUUAUACACAAUGGAAUGUCUGUGCACAGUCAUAUAUAUAUUAUGAACAUGGGUGCCCCUAGUGGCUGGAGGACUGAUGCAGGGGUCUACUGGGUGGAAAUAGACAGAGCAGGGCUGCAGUCAUAGUCACAUGUGCGUACACUCACAUACAUACACACACACACACACACUCACGGAUGCGCGCACACACACACACACACACACACACACACACAGACAUAAUGUGCUGACUGCUGAAUAAGGAUGGCCAGGUUUUUAGUGUGUGAGCCUUAAAGACAAUAGGGGGAAGACAAAGCUAUCUACAGCUUUAUCAAUAUAGUUAAAUCUCCUUUUAAUCAAAAAUGGAAAAAAAAUCUAAUGUGUUUUUCUUAAUUACUGAAGUAAUUAACUUUUCAAUACAGCCAUAUUCUAAAGGUAUAUACAUAUAUAUAUAAAUAUAUAUAUAUUUGUGUGUUUGUGUAGAUAAAUAUAGAAGAUAUAAUUUCUUAUAGAAAGUGUUAAUGUUGACCAUUCUGUUCAGUGUUUUUUUCCAAAACAUUUCAGUAAAUGCUGUCAAAUCUUUGGUGUGUAGACGAUCCAAAAUGAGAAGUAAUAAUUAUUUGAGUGUAGACUUCCAAAGGGAACCCUCUAUGAACGCAAUACAUCUUCCCACUCUUUUAUUUUUUAAAGACGGCCUGACGUUUUUCAGCAGAAGAUGACCAAAAAGAAUAUUUAAUGGGUUAGUAAACCACAAAUAAAUCUCUGGAUUUAUUUUCUACGAAUGUCACAAUCAAACUGUGUGUCCCGGAGUUGAUUGUUAUUUUUUGUUUGUUCAUCUCUCUCUUUCUAUUGUGUGUUUUACUUGUGUUUAGUACAGUGUGAGAUCAGAAUAAUGAGAUAUAUUUCUUUUUAUACGUCGUCUACAACCCGGAGAACCAUUGCCCCUCUACACCCUCUCAACCCUGUGACCCCCCCACCCCACCCCCACCCCCAUGAUGAUUGCAAUAUUAGAAAGGUAAAGCCAUGUUUGUGUCCACUGAUCAUAUUCUAGUCGGGGUCCUGUUCGGGCACAUCUGCUUGUACCUGCUUCCCCCUCCCCUUCACUCACAAGUUAUUUUUUAUGAGGCACCACCAGAUCACCAUGAUUUAAUAUGAUUUGUCUGUUUUGUUUGUGUUAUUGUUUUUGUUGACUUUUUGAAAUUAAAUAGUCUGGAUUGAGGCGGGUUGUGUGAUCAGAGCGGGUUAGAGAGAGUACGCCUCCUCGUGAUUGCAGGUCGUGAUUGAUCUCGUGGUGGUGAAGACGAAUGGAAAAGGGCAUACGUUGUUUUUCUGUUUUUUUCCCCGUUUCUGCUCAUUUUGCUUUUCUUUUCUCUCCUUCUCCUCGGGAUAUUUACAUCUACUGACUAUCACAUUGAUUUUUUUUUUAUUUUUUAACUUAGGUUUUGGUACACAGUGAAUACUGCUAGUGAGAUUUUAUAUUUUUACAUAUAUUGGUUUUAUUUUGAGUUGGUUCUUUUUUAUUUAUAUGCCACUUAGCUUGGAUGUAUUUUAAUGGUGUUUUUUUUUUUGUUUUGUUUCUUUUCUCAGUACUGUGUGAUUUCAUAUGUUGAGAAUGUGCAGACAGAAUGCAUUUCAGUAUUUUUGAAUUGUUAAAAUCUAGUUUCAUAGAUACAAAUUAUCUAUAUAGUGGAAAUUAUCUGUUAUAUUUUAAUUCGUGUACAUAGUUUUAAAAAAAGAAGAGUGUGUCUUCUUGAAACUGAAUACAUGUCUCUUCUGAGAUUGUUUACAUUAUUAAAAUGUAGAGAGAAUCCUCAUAUACUGUAAAAAGUACAUAUAUCCAUCGAUUUGCCUCCAAAAAUAAAAUCCUAAU